GCAAUCAAGAAGAAGAAACAAUUAUCACUAAAAACAGAUCACAUUUCAAGAAAGUACUUAGAGAGAAGAUAUCAGAUAUCCAACAGUACAUAUAUAUAUUAACAAGAAUUGAUGACUCUGAUAUAGAAAUGUAUAACAAAGAAAAGGAAGGACCAGAUCAAAAUCCAAACAAGGAAGAUACCAAAGAAACAUGGCAAGUUCAAAGUAACUAA